AUGCUGCUAUCGGUCACCCAACGUGCCGCGAUCUGGGUGCCCUUCCUGGCGUUUGCACUGCUCUACACCCUCUUCUUCAUAUGCACCGGCCUUGCAACAUGGAACCCCAAACUGUGGAACGAGGCCAAGUCGCGGCUGCUGGCCUGCGGCCGCCGCCGGAAGCGCGGCGGCGCUGCCGCCGCCGCGGCGACGCCGAAGUCACCAGCCGCUGAGGGGGACGCCCAGGCGCCCGCCGCAGGGCGGCCCCGCAGCGCGCCCGCGGCGCCGCGGGCCGCGAGGCCGGCGGUGCUGACGUGGCAGGGGCUGGGGUGUGAGUACAACACGCAUGAAGGCGUGAAGGCCGUCCUGCAGGACGUGAGCGGCGAGGCGCGGCCCAAGGAGAUGGUGGCGCUCAUGGGCCCGAGCGGCUCCGGCAAGAGCACCCUCAUCGACAUGCUCGCGGCGCGCAAGAGCACGGGGCGGCUGUCGGGGGACGUGCGCGUGAACGGCCGGCCCCGCACCUCUGCAGGGUUCAGGCGCAUCUCCAGCUACGUGCCGCAGGAGGACAACUUGCUGCCCAUUCUGAACGUGGCAGAGACCUGCCGCCUCUACGCCAACCUCACGCUGCCGCGGAACACGUCGCCGGACCAGGCAGCAGCAAGGGUGGAGGAGGUCCUGCACGCUAUGGGCAUGGUGCAGGCGCACGACCGCCUCGUGGGCGGCGUCCUGCCCGGCGGCCUGCUGCUGCGCGGCCUCAGCGGCGGCGAGCGCAAGCGGCUGUGUGUGGCGGUCGGGAUCAUCGCCACGCCGAGCGUUGUGUUCCUGGACGAGCCGACGACGGGCCUGGACAGCUGCGCGGCCUUCGCGGUGGUCAGCCUCAUGCGCCGCACCGCCCUCGAGUCCGGCCUGACGGUCAUCGCCUCCAUCCACCAGCCCUGCUCGGCCGUCUUUGCCGCCUUUGACGCGUGCACCCUCCUCGCCCACGGCCUGCUCCUGUACCACGGCCCGCGCGGCGCGAUGGGGGAGUGGUUCGAGGCGGGGCUCGGGCUCGGGCCCUGGAACCCGGCGGUGCACGGCAUCGUCAGCGACUGGGCGAUGGACCUCGUUUCGGUGGAGUUUACCAAACCAGUGGACCACGGCCGCACCAUCAACAGCUACGAAGAACUUCGCGCCGCAGCCCAGAAGUUCUCGGUGACCUACCGCGCCGGCCGCGACGCAUCGGCCUUGGAGGCCGCCGCCGAGCCCGACGCCACUGGCCAGCGUCGCACACGCGCGGGCGGCGCCGCCGCCAAGGGCGUCAGCGCGUGCGCCGCGCACGGCGACGCGAGCGGCGGCGACGGGCGCACGGACAGCGACGGGGAGUUGGACACAGAGCUUGGCUGGGGGCGCGCAGGCGUGGUGGCGUCGGCAGCGGCGCAUGGCAAGAGGCUGCGAGCGCGCGACGCCGGGUCGAAGCACAAUGACAGCGGCGGCGGCUUGGUGCCCGCAAGCCUGGGCGCGCCCGGGGCUGCGGCGCGCUGCGAUGCUGGGGGCAGCGGCGACAGGGCAACCUGGGUGAUGCAGUUCAGGAUGCUGUUAUGGCGCGAGCUGCUGUCGACGAUGCGCAACCCGGUUGACGUGGCUGGCCGCAUGAUGUGCUUCUGCAUCCUGGCUGUCUUCACUGGCACUGUCUACUGGAACCUGGAUGAGGGCGUCGACGGCAUGAGCGGCCUGAUGGGGGGCGUCUCGCGCCCCCCCCACUGCCCACGCCUGGACCUGACCUGA